AAAGUGCCGUUCCCAGUCUAACACGAAACUCCCUUUCCACGGUACGACUACUUUGGAAGGUAAGCAGUAACUUGCAGCCCAAUCAACCUGCCCAGCCGCUUUUUCUAUACCCAUUAAUCACCCUUCAAGAUUCAAGCUUGUUUGUCUUCUCCACACAAACCCGAGAAAGAAAAAAGAAAAGAUGAGUACCAAUUGAGUUGUUGAAAGAAUUUCUCUUCCUUUACUUCCUCAGCAGACAGCAGCGCCAUGGCAACUUUCUUUGAAGUCCCACAUCAUCAAAAAGUAAUCUUGACCGGAGUCGAUUCGAUUUUUAGGUGUUUUAUAAGGUUUACCACAGUUGAACAAAAUAUCAGGGAAAAAGUUUACAGAGCCAAAGUUGAUGGGUCCGAAACAGCUGAUGGAACAGGAUCCGGGAGAGUUGGAUGUCAGCAAACUGCAUCCUCUCUCUCCCGAGAUAAUUUCUUAUCAACCAACAAUAAAUAUUGGCCUUAUUGGUCAUGUGGCGCAUGGCAAAACGACCGUUGUAAGAGCAAUCUCUGGCAUCAGGACUACCCGUUUCAAGUGUGAACUGGAGCGGAACAUUACUGUUAGACUUGGAUAUGCAAAUGCAAAAAUAUAUAAAUGUGAAGAUGAGCGCUGUCCUCGGCCUCUGUGUUACAAGGUGUAUGGAAGUGACAUGGUUGAUGAUCCUCCGUGUGAUGUACCCGGUUUUGAGAAAUCCAAGAUGAAACUGCUGAGACAUGUCUCUUUUGUUGACUGCCCGGGACAUGAAAUAUUUAUGACUAGGAUGCUCAGUGGGGCAACAGUAAUGGAUGGAUCACUCCUCCUAAUAGCUGCUAAUGAGAGUUUCCCCCAGCCUCAAACACUUGAGCAUUGGUCUGCAGUAGAUCUUCUGAAAAUUCAAAAUCUCAUCCUUCUUCAAAAUAAGGUGGAUCUUGUUCAGGAGGAGGUGGCCAGGAAUCAAUAUCAAGCGAUUCAGAAAUAUGUAAAGGGAACUGUCGCAUCUAAUGCACCAAUACUACCAAUUUCUGCCCAGUUGAAUUACAACAUGGAUGUGGUGUGUGAAUAUAUUAUGAAAAAGAUAUCUGUUCCAGUUCGAGAUUUUGUUUCACCGCCACAGAUGAUUGUGAUUCGCUCGUUUGAUGUUAAUAAGCCUGGUUGCGAAGUUCUUGAGCUGAAAGGAGGGGUUGUAGGUGGAAGCAUCACCAAGGGUGUUCUGAAGGUAAACCAAAUUAUUGAGCUCCGUCCAGGGAUUCUGGGGAAAGAUGCCAGCGGCAACUUGAGAUGUAGUCCCAUUUAUACCAGAGUAGCUUCACUUCACUCUGAACAGAAUAAACUUCAAAUUGCUGUCCCUGGUGGCCUUAUUGGGGUUGGCACAACAAUGGAUCCUGCACUGUCACGCAGUGAUCGGUUGGUUGGUCAAGUUCUUGGUCAGGUCGGGACACUACCUGAAGUUUAUACUGAAAUCAAGAUUGCAAACACACAUCUUUUGAGCAAACUUUUAGGAGUGACAAUGAAUGGCACGGCACAGGGAAAAGUUGGUGGUCUUAUAAAGGGAGAAAUUCUGCUGCUGAACGUUUCAUCCAUGGCAACCGGGGCUGAAGUUCUUAAAGUGAAGGAUAAGCAUGCAAAAUUACGCCUCAAAGCACCAGUAUGCACGAGUCUAGGAGAGAAGGUGGUCUUAAGUCGCCGCAUACAAGGGCAUUGGCGACUCAUUGGUUGGGGCGUAAUUAAAGAUGGAAUUACACUCGAUAUACUUGCUGCGACACCGGACCUUACAUGAAUAGGAAAACUAUAAUAAGUUCAUUUCAUAGAGCAAUUGUCACUGCCUUUACCUUGAAACCAUGCAGAUUUGUGCUUCUUUCUGUUGCUAGGCAUCGUGAUUUUUUCGCUGCUAUAGAACCAAGGACAUAAUUUCUUGAUAAUUGAAUUUUCUUUCUUUAUGAUGAACAUGAAUUCUUGACCAUCAGAAUAAAAGUGGUAGCGUCUUUGCGUCGAAC